AUGAAUAUUUCGAUUCGAUCUCAGGACAAAACUCGGCGUUUAGACUUUUAUUAUUCACAUAUUUGCUUCAUUUUUAUUGUUUUGCGAUUGAAACUUGAAGAGUAUCAACAACGCAGUUGUUUAAUUAAUUUGAUUCAUCAAACUUGGAUAAGACUUUUCUUAUGUGAAUCUUGUGCUGAUAAUCCCGUCAUUAAAAUCUUAAGAAGCAAAUGUGAAAGCAAACAAUUUUAUGAUAUUUAA